AACACAUCCGGCAAAAAGACAACUAAAAUUGUCAUUUCUUUAAGUGUAAAAUGUACUCAUGACUAAAAUUAUCUUGAUAGAAAGAAGGCAUCGUGCAAUUUAUCUAAAAUAUCUCAUAAAGUCUUUUAAAUGAACGAGGAGGAAUUUUCAGAUUCAGUGAAAGGUCGUUCAAAACACUUAGACAAUGAAAAAGUUAUUUUCAUCCACCGCUCAACAAAACCCUUUGAUUGGCAAAGUAUUUCAGAUAGGAAAGUUUGCCGUGACAGUAGAAGAUGUAAUUGCACAAGGUGGUUUUGCGGUUGUGUUUCUUGUGAAGGCUGGUAAUGGUAUGCGAUAUGCUCUUAAACGAAUGUUUGUGAAUAACGAACAGGACCUUGCUGUGUGUAAGAAGGAGAUCCACAUUGCUAGAACGUUAAGUGGUCACAAGAACAUCAUCAAGUUUGUAGAGUCAUCUGUGACAGUAGCUCCCAACAAGGUCUUUGAAGUGCUCAUCCUUAUGCAGUACUGUAGAGGCUCUGUGAUACAGCUGCUGAAUGACCGUAUAGGUCAGGGUCUGGCUGAGAGGGAGGUGCUGAGGAUAUUCUGUGAUGUCUGUGAGGCAGUGUCCAGGCUCCACCAUUGUCAAACACCAAUCAUACACAGGGACCUUAAGUUGGAGAACGUUCUCAUAUCUGAGGAGGGCAAUUAUGUCCUCUGUGACUUUGGUAGUGCCACAGCUCGAGUGUUGGACAAGGAUCAGCAUGAUAUCAAACAGAUCGAGGAAGAGAUACAGAAGUAUACCACCAUAUCAUACCGGUCACCAGAGAUGAUAGACCUGUAUGGGGGCAAGGCAAUCACCACCAAGGCAGAUAUAUGGGCACUUGGAUGUCUCCUGUAUCGAUUGUGCUUCUUGACUUUGCCAUUUGGAGAAAGCUCACUGGCUAUUCAGAGUGGCAAGUUUACGAUACCGGACGACUCUCGAUUCUCCAGACACAUCCAUGUACUUAUUGGCUACAUGUUGACAGAAGAUCCUGAAAAGAGGCCUGAUAUCUUCCAGGUCUCCUACCUUGCCUUCAAAAUGGCCCACAAGAACACUCCAGUCCCAAACAUGAAUAGUUCAUCCGUUCCUGACUUCAGUCAGCUGCCGUUGCCUCCUACAGAGAGUGAGGCUAGAGAGGUGAAGAACACUGCCAGGUCUGCCCCAGUCGCCCCCAGUGAGGGGAGCACCUCAGUUGCCCCUCGACAGAGACCCAAGGCUCAGCAGGGGGCAGUGGUGGCCAGCGCUGGACUCACACCGCCUGUGCAGACCACCAUCGCCCCGAGACAGAGACCCCAGCCAGGCUCAAAUAACCGAGAUCCAGCUCCGCAGCAGACACAACAACAACUUAUGCAGCAACAGCAGCAGCAACAACAACUUCUUCUUCAGCAGCAGCAACAACAACAACAACUAUUGCUGCAGCAACAGCAGCUGCAACAAAAGAAACUUCAGCAACAACAACCCCAGCAACCAGUGUUUGCACAACAGCCUGUUCCUAGCCAUGCACAGGCUUUGCCCAUGGCCAGUGUGACCAUGCCAUCUCCCCAAACACAGCAGUCCCCAAGUUUUAAUGCCGCAGGCGCAAGUGUGCCCCUGGCCCCCCAGUUCUACAGCCCAGCACAGCCUGGCCUCACCCCGCAGCAGUACCAGUACUACAUGCAGCAACAGAUGAUCCAACAACAACAACAGUAUCCCCAGGUGACCCCUACACUGCAGAUGGCCUAUCAACAGCAGAUGGCUUAUCAACGGCAGCAAUACAUGUUUAUGCAGCAGCAACAGAGGCAUCCCCAGCAACAAGCCCAGCCGUCAGAGUCAUCAGACGAGGAUCAGUUCAAUGUCCUGCUGCAAGAACGCUUACAGAUCCGCCCACCUGAUGCCUCAAACCCUGCCCAGGGGCCUGUCAAUGCCAGUAGCUCCGCCCCUGCCAUAAAUAGCCACCAAUCAAGGAGUGCCUCCACCGGGGAAGAGCUCAUAGUGUUCAGUGAUAUAGAAAAGGACACAACCAACCAUAAUCCUGCAUUCCAAGAUUCUCGGUUUAAGAAACCGCCUAUAAAACCGCAAAAACCUCGGAAAUCUACUGCUGAGGGUCAACAACCACUUAUAUCAAUAACUCCGCCAUCAUCCCCCAAACCAAUGCCCCGAACUCAUCGCCGCAAUGUCAGUGACACCUCUGGGUACCGGAUGGGUGGGAAGGGAAGUGCAUUCCAUGCUUACGGGGGCUCAACCUCCGGCGAUAGCCUGACUGCUGUCUUUGACCAUAAAUCCAAGUCAGCAACUACUAGUCCAAUAAACUCGCCUCCAAGAACUCAAGGCAUGGCCCGCACAAUGUCUAUGGAUGAGUGGAAUCCAUUCGAAGAAGACAACUUUGGCAAUGAGACUGAGGACACGAUAUUUGGCAAAGAGUUUGACAAACUACGUAGAGGAUCCAAUAGCAGUAUAUCUAACGUGAAAAGCCGAGAAGACCUGGUGAUGUCUGGCUCUGAUUCAUCCACCGACCCAUUUCAGAACGCCCCCUUCAAGAAGGCGGGAACCAAAGUUAGAUAACCUCAGCAAAUCAUAUCUGCGCCAUGUGACACCAUAUUCAGCAUGAAAUACCUCCCCAGCAUUUGAUCAUGAAGAGUUGCGGGUCUUUGCAAGAUACAUCUGCAUGUUUGGACAGAGUUGCUGCCCUUGACUCUUCAAAGUUUUCCUCAGUUCUUAAUUGCAUUUUACAGCUUUCUCCAAUCCUACUCUGACUAUCAUAUUCUAUUCAUUAUUUGUCGAUGUAUGAAAUCCCACCUCAUUCUGUUUAAUAUUAGUUCGUUGUAAAUUGUUUAUACUUUUUUUAAAUACCUGGAUUUAUUUGUUAUUUUGUUUUUCGUGUACACAAUUCUAACAUUUGCCCUAAAUCAUAUGUUUGAAAAAAUGAAGAAGACUAGAAACAUAAUGUAGCUGUUAUUGAAUGAAAAGACUUCAAAAAUGACUAUGUGGAUAGCUAAAUGCCAGUCAAUUAAAAUUUGCAUCAUUGAAUGUGUGUCUAUAAAAAAUGACUUACUGGCUUUAGGCGUAUGUGAAAUUGAAUAUAGAGGAUUGGGCAAAAAGACAUUGCAUUUGGGAUUGUGGGCAAAUGAGAAAUUUAAUGUGAGAGAAUUGGUCAAAGAGACAUUGCAUUUAGGAUUGUGUGCAAUAUGGGAGAAUGUGUCAAAGAGAUAUUAAAUUUGUGAUUGUUUGCAAAAGGGACAUUGAAUAUGGGAGAUUAUGAGAAAGAGACAUUGUGUUUGGGAUUGUGGGCAAAUGAUAACUUGCAUAUAUUGGAGAAGGUGCCAAUAAGGCAUUGCAUUUGGGACUUUCCAUUUCUUAUUGUGGGCAGAUAAGAAAAUAAAUUGCAUUCUACAUUGUCAGCCAUCGACUGAUUUCUUUCUAAGCUAUAUAGAAUUGCAUUUGCCAGUUCAGGUCAAAGAGACUUUGUAUUGGUAUAUGUGACUCAAUAAGAAAUUACAAUCUGUGUGUUAAAUAAAAAUUACAAGUAGUGUUUUUGGACCAAUUAGACAUUUCAUUCUGUGAGCCAUAGGGGCAUUGCAUUAUGUGUAACAAAUAUGGCAUAUUGCAUUCUGUGUUGGCCAGACAUGCAUUUGGUGUUCUUCAAUGAGCUAUUGCGCUAAAGUUUGUGGGACGAUGAGUGAUUCCAUUAUGUGUAAUUCAUUUUGGUGAUUGUGUGCCUGUGAGAAAUUGGAUCGGUCAGUUAAAGUCAAUGUCUAAUUGGAUUGUUGUUUAUGGCCUUAUGAGAAUUGGCAUCAUGGAAUGCAGGUUAAUAGUUUAUUUUGUCAAGUAUGCCAAAUAGUAAUUUGGUCAAAGAAAACUUACAUUCAUUUACAAUCUGACAUUUCAAUGUAGGUCAAUUAGUGCGGUUUGCAAUCUGACCAUAAAGUGCAUGUCAGAGAGCUAUUUGAUUGGUGGAUGGUGGAUGCCAUGGUGUCACUUCUGUUCAAAUAUUAUUAAUUUUUUGUCUAUGCAAAUUUGGUCUCAAAGUUAGUCUUAACAGUUUUCAGACCUGAAACAACUAUACAAGAAAACAUUUAUUUUUAUAUGAAUGAUUGUAAACCUUGAAUCCAAUAUAUCUGCCCUAAAAUUUGAAAACCUGGUGCUAAGCAUGCCCUAUACAAAACAUCUUGUUCUUAUGUGUGUUCAAGUAUUGCUUUCUUGCAAAAUAAAUUAGUCAGUUUCUGGGAAAGCGGCUCUUAAUGAAUUGUGUAUAGUGUCCUCCCAGUUGAGCCUGUGCUAAUCAGGGAUGACACUCUACUUGGAAUUUUUUGUUAAAAAGAAGUCUCUGCUAAACAAAAGCGUAAGUCUAGACGGAAAGUGUCGCCCGUGAUUAGUUGCUUACAUUUGUGAUUUGAUAAGGCUCUCUUAAAUGAAAAAUUCCGUAAAAGUGCAAAGUACUGUUCCAGAUUAAACUUUGCAGACUGCUAAUCCUAGAUGAUACUUUACUUACAUGCAAGUCCAUAGUUACCUGUACAUACAUGCAAGUCCAUAGUUACCUGUACAUACAUGCAAGUCCAUAGUUACCAGAGACUUGCUCAUUAUUGUUUCUGAUGGGAUUUUUUUUUCUCAAUGAAACGGACAUCUUCUGUGUCAAUUUGUUGUUUUUUCAAAGACUAUUAUUGCAUUAUUCUUUAAGAUUCACAUUAACCAGACUAUCAUUAUAUUUAUUUGUUUAUUUAUAUGUAUAUAUUUUGUCAUAUGUAUUGCUCCAAUUGUUAGGGGUUUUAUGGCAUUUAAAUGGGGUAUGGACUUGAUUUCCGACCGUAAUCCAUAAUUGUCAGGAUUCUGUCUUGAAGCUCUUUCUGUUAAUGUAUUAUGUUACAUUGUAUCAUAUGGUUGUGGUGUUUUCAUUAUAUAAAAUGGUUGAAUUUAAAUGUAAGAAUAGUGAAAAUACUGUCUAGAAAAGAUUAUAUAUAUAUUUUUUUGGCUUUUCAUUUGUUCAAUAUAGAGGUUGAAAAUUAUUAACAAAAAGUCAGUGUUAAUUUAAAUAACAUGAAAUUUCUAUACACUGGCAUAAGCCAUUGUUUUAUAUUUCAUAUUUUAUGGCACAUACUGGGAGUAAUGACUUAAAAUAAAAUGUAAAAGACAUCAUUAAUUUAUUGGGACAAGAAACUUGCUUGUGGACAUGUAGAUUGAUACAGUGAAGUAAAAUUGAUACUUCCACAAACGUCUGCGUAAUCUGUGGUCACCAAAGUGUGGUACACGUAUAUAGAUGGUUGAAUGUAUGUCCGGUAUGUGCUUGUAUUCCAGAGCUUUUGUGUGCUUUGUCCUCAACUGGAAAUGGAGUGCUGGGAACGAUAUGGGAGCAGUGAUACACUUCCUGCAUUUAUUGGGACGCAAUAGCUUCCCUUGUUACUGGGCAUUGCUUGGUUGACAACCUGGGCUCAAGUUAAGACAAAUUGGACAUAACCUUAUCUCACUUAUACCCUGGCAUCAUCACUUGAAUCACUUUGUAUCCAUCAUGCUACCAUGAUACCAUGAUAAUCCACUGAAAUAAACAAACUCAUCAAGAUAGCAUUGAACUUAUCCUCUAUCUUACAUGUAAUUAUGAACUUUAAACUGCAAAAUGUUAAUCAUGAAUAUUUAAAUGUUGUUAUCUAUAACUGAGUAAUUGUAAUACUUUAUACUUUUAUUAUGUUGUCUUUGCAACAAUUUUCUAAGGAAUUCAUCAAAGUAAAAAUUGUUUCCAAAACCCUGCAAUCGGAAAUCGUGUAUAAUUAAACCAUGUAUUGUCACUUUAUACUUUCCCUUCAUGUGUUUAGACAAUUAUAGAUGCAGUUGUUUGUGUAUGGGUCAGUUGUCUGUCUAUGGGUCUAAGUUUGUUGUAUAUUAAUUUGCUUUACAGAAAUAUGUUUGAGCAUUAAUAGGUUUGUGAAAUAAAGGUUGUCAUAUCUGUUGUGUCAGAUCUUCUUUGCAUCAAAGAAAUUCAAACAAGACACAUUAUAUUUCAGAUUGGUUUCAAUGAUAUGGAGUUGAAGUGUUUGACUGUUAUUUCCAAUUUACUUAAUAUUAUAAAACCAGCGCACAGAUAAUUGAAGUUGACAUUUUUAAUUAUGAUCCAUUUGUUGCAUAUUAAAUAAUGAUCCAAAAAUCAGAUUCCCAAACCACUUAAACUUUAAUAAAUCUUUGUCAGGUUCAUGUUUUCUUUAUAAUAUCAUAUAUAAUUAUUGAACACUGUCAAAUAGUCUGUAGAAUGCUACAAACACAACAAUGAUAAACAGGAUUAAGAAAGAAACAGCAAGGUUUCUAAAAUACAAUAUAAACUCUAAAAUUUUAAGUGUUGUGUCAGUUGUUUCAUUUUAAGAGUGUAUGCAGUGUAAUGUUUAAAAAUGACUGGUCGUUUUAUGUUUAACAGGUUGAACAUCAUGCUGAAUAAUAACUCUGUACUAAUUAUCUCUGUUGUAUUAAUUUUGAUUUGUUUGGAAUUCUUUUAUGUUUUUAGACUUAUGUCCUAUAAAAUAAGUUAUUGAUAUGGUAAAUGAAGCUUAGUCUAUAAAUUAUUAGCCUAAUAAGUUUUUUAAAAGACUGUGUUUGAGUAUAUUCUUUGGUAAUUGAUUGUUAACCCUAACAAUGUGUCUUCUUUUUAAUUACAUAUGCACAAUUUACAAUUCUUGUGCCUCUGGCGUUCAAAAUGUAAUAAACUAUGUUUUCAUGCUGUUAUUAAAAACAAAGAGUUUUGUUGAACAUUUUUUUGAUAGUAUCAUAUUUUUGUACAACUUUAUUGGUCAGAUGUAAUAUUACAUAACCCAUUAUGUUCAAAUUCAUUUGACUGUUAAUACUUAUUGCUCCAUAUAGGUAAGGCAGAUAUUCAGAAAGCUAAAAAAAGUCAGAUAUUUGGUUCAACAACCUGCCAAAAAUGUGCAGACAAAAAUGAUAAUUAUAUUUGACACAUAUAAUCUAGCGCAAAUUCUCAAUCUCUAUAAGUUAAUAUUGCCGUUGUGAAAUACUUAAGGCAACAAUACAUUUUAAUAAAACAAUACUAAAAAAGUUUUAUUCAAAUUGAUACAAACUGCAAUCUGACUAUAUGUAUAUUUAAAACAUAAUCUGAUUUGUUUAAAUGUUGUGCACUUAUGGGGUAUCACGUGUGUUACGUGCAGAAUUAUUUUCUUGACCUAUAGCAGUUUUAAUUAGUCUUUUACUACAAUCCUAUUCAGGGACAUUGUCAUGGUUGACACGUGCAGGUUACAUAAAACUGUUACAUGUUUUGGCUUAAUUUAUAAUUGGACAAUGAACAAAUUUAGAGCGUGACAAAAAUAGCGCAACUGUAUUUAUUUGCUCUGAUAUUAGGUUGUUUUAUUCAGUGACAUGAUAAAUUUAGACUCCAAAAAUCUGUUAGAUUUGCGUUCUUUGUUGAUAAAUAUCAGACAACUAAAAAAUGUGUGGUCUUAUAUAUAAGACUGACUAUUUUUGGGAAGUUGAACUUAAGGAAGUUCUUUGCAUGAUUCCUUAUAAUAGGCAUUGAAUGGUGUGUGAUAAAAAUGUAUUGGCUCUAUGGUAAUUUUUUUUUAGUUAUUUACCGGUACUUGACGUUUUUCCCAUUAUUGCCUCCUUUUAUCAAAUAACACCUCAUGGCAUAAAAAAACUUUCUUUUUUUUCACAUCGUUUAAACAAUCAAAUGCACACAGUAUAGUGACAUCAUUUGAGGUCAUUUUUUCAAGCCAUUUUCUUUCUUCUUGUUUUGGAUACAGUCUUGCUUCAUUACAUUUAUUCAGUACUAACAUGAUGUUCUCUUUUUUUAUCCAGUCUCUUUGAAAACUGGUUUUACUGCAUGUGUGUGAAGUAUCAGCAAGGGCCAAUCUGGAUGGACACUUUAAGCCAUAACUGGAUUUUUGUUUAACAAGACACUUAUCAAUGGGAUUACUUUACACACACGCAUUAUGUCCGGUUCUCCCAGAGACUGGAACAUAUGUAUAUGUAUUAUACCAUGAUGAUUUUCUUGCUAUUGAUUGAUGAUCAAAGAGAUGGCAAGUAUGACAAAUAUAUGUUUGUCAUUGAAGAAUAUGAAUAUUUUGGGAUUAUCAACAUUUUUUAAAUGAUAGUAAGCUUUUGUUGGUCAUGCAUUUUCAACAUUUGCCUGUCGUCUUCUGAGUAAACAACAGGAAAAUUGCAAAACCUGCCACAUUAAAUUCCCAAUGUUCAUGUAACUUCGACCAAGGAAUUGUCCUAAAGAUAUUUCAGCAGAGUUAGAAACUGGGUCAUGUGGGUAAAAUUCAAAGUCACUCGGUCAAAUUAAAGAAAUAGCAUGUGAACACUCUAGAGGCCUCUUUAUUGCCAAAUUUUCAUGAAACUUUUUUACAACAUUUACGCAAAUGAUAUCUCAAAUGAUUUUAAAACUGUGUAAUGUUGCAUCAAAAAUAAAGUCCCUAAGUUCAAUUAAAGAAAAACAUUCUCAGUUUGUUUGCAUAAUUUCUAUAAACCUUGUAUGUAACGUUUUUGUUAUUAUUUCAUAGACAAGUAAAAUAUGGUUUUGAAAAUUUGAACGCUUGAAAGGUCACAUGUUAAAUCUUGCCAAGAACAUAGAAAAAUUGUAUAUUUCAGGUCUGAGUUUUACAAUUAUUGCUGUUUCAAAACAUGGCAGCCAGGUGUUGAAGUUGUUUUCCUUAGAAUUGUUAUGGGAAACUUUGGAAACUUUUUUGCUUGUUGCUUGGUAUCUCAAGUGAGCGGGGAGGGCAUUUGGUAUACUGGCUUUGCUUACUUUUACAAAGAGACAUUAUGAAUCCAAUCUGUCUUUCCUUUCUUUUACAUCUGGUCUUUAUGCAGGGUAUGACUUUUACAUUAAUCAUUAACAUGACAUUGAAUGCUUUACACUGUAAAUUUCCUUUAUGAUUGUUAUUUACAGUAUUAAUAUAUAAUAGCCAAUAGUCUUGUUACAUUUAAUGCUAAAUGGUAUGUAUGUAAAUGAUUUGUAUGUAUUGUUAUUUACUAUUAGUAGUUAUUGCAUAAUAGCUAUAUAGGUAGUUAAUUUGCUAGUAGAUUUUACACACUUUGCCAAUGAGUAAGAGCUAGUGCAAUACUUGUGAUAUGUAAAGAAUACACUCCAUAUUCAUUAUCA